AUGUCCAACAAUAUGCUUGAAGGUUUGUUGCCUUCAAGUUUUGCUGACAUGAAAAACCUUGAAUGGUUGGAUUUGUCUUACAAUAAGUUAGAAGGAGAGCUACCUAUAGGAUUGGCUCGGGAAAUUUUUCCAGUUUCAGAUAACAUCAAUAAUUUUGAAAAUCUAUACUUGGAUGGGAACAAUUUCUCCGGCCCAAUUCCACAGAAGUUAUCCACUGCUCUUUUUUUAAGUUCACUGGAUUUAAGUGAAAAUAACUUGUCAGGAAACAUACCAGCAUGGCUUGGUAAUAUCUCCUCCUUAAGAUCCCUUGCAUUGUCCAGAAACCAUCUAAAGGGUCAUAUUCCACCUGAUUACUGCAGACUUGAGGCGUUAGACCUCUGUGAAAACAACCUUGUUGGCGUGAUUCCAUGUGCUUUCCAAAACUGA